UCAGAUGUAAGUUGAGGGGUAAAAGUGGGGUGUAAUGUUUCUUUACGAGCUCCUAGAGUAAAGCCUCUGUUUGGAUAUCAUGAGAAGAUACUGGGUUUGAGUUUGCAAAUGAGGUUAUAAUCUUUGAAGGAGCUUUUUAUAGCCUGGGAAUUUAUUUCAACUUAAAGUUUAAUGUCUUUGUAAUCUUUUUUAGUUUAAUUGUUCAAAUAGGAGGGAAACAUUUUCAGCUGUAGAAUUUGUGCUGGAAAAUAUAAAUGGCAGUAAUAUCAAGUACCACUGUCAGUGGUGUUUAGACCCAAAGAAAAUAUAGAUGUUAGAAUUGCUAUGAUAUUUCAGAUCACAAUAACAUUAAUGAAAGCAUGGAAUGAGUACUGAGAGGUAACAACCAUUGUUGCAUAUUUUUCCAAUGACUUGAGAACCUUCCGUAUUUGGUUGCUGGAAUGUUGCCAUCAUCACAUUCUGUGUUGGGUAUGACAUUGUCAACUGGAACCAAUAGCAGCCCAGGACGCCCAGGCGUGGAGCUACGCUAUCUGAGAAGUCUGCUCUGUGUUGAAGCCACAUUCAAUAUGGACCCGAAGGCUCUGGGGAAACUGGUGGAAUCCAUCAGUAAAACCGUCAAGAGCUUCAAGAAAAGUGAAGUCGAGAGCCUCAUAAUACUUUUUCACAGCUUGGUGGAAAAACCUGAUGUGAGGCUUGAUAACGCUAGACUAGAUCGGAGCACAUUUCGAAUGGUCCUGCAUGGCUUGUUUGGAAUGACUGAUGAUAAGCUAAUGAAUAGGGUAUUUUUUGCAUUUGACAAAGACAGUGAUAACUGCAUAAGUGUAAGUGAGUGGGUUAAAGGAUUAUCAGUGUUUCUUCGAGGGACUUUUGAAGAAAAGCUGAAGUUCUGUUUUGAAGUUUAUUAUUUGAAUGGUGAUGAUGGUUACAUUUCUCGAGAGGAAAUAUUUGACAUGUUGAAGAACAGUCUACACCAGCAGUUAUCUGAGGAAGAGACUGAUGAAGGAAUAAAAGAAUUGGUAGAGAUAACGCUGAAGAAAAUGGAUUAUGACAACGAUGGCAAGAUAUCUUUCGCCGACUUUGAAAAAGCAGUGAAAGAAGAGAGACUUUUGUUGGAAGUGUUUGGACAAUGUUUACCAGAAGCAAAGAAUUGUCUUGAUUUUGAAACCCUGGCAUUCAAACACAUCCUGAAUUCUGUCUAGUUUUUGAAUGUGAGUCACUCAAUACUUGCAUUAAAAUAAAAAACAGA